CUUCAAGUGCUCAGUGACUUCCAUCAGUGGACGAUAUCACUGAAGCGUUGCCCGGUUUAACUUUACAUCCGGCCAUCUGAGGACACAAAAGCAAUACUACAAUUAUAGUAAAAAGUUUAAAUUAUGGCGAAACAUCAUCCAGACCUUAUUUUCUGCAGGAAACAACCAGGUGUUGCUAUUGGUCGUUUGUGUGAAAAGUGUGAUGGGAAGUGCGUUAUUUGUGAUUCUUAUGUUCGCCCGUGUACUCUUGUUCGCAUAUGUGACGAGUGUAAUUACGGAUCAUAUCAAGGACGUUGUGUUAUAUGUGGUGGUCCAGGUGUUUCAGACGCUUAUUACUGUCGACAGUGCACGUGUUUGGAAAAGGAUAGAGAUGGGUGUCCUAAAAUCGUCAAUUUAGGAAGUGCAAAAACUGAUCUGUUUUAUGAACGUAAGAAAUAUGGAUUCAAAAAACGCUGAUCUGUUCCAAAAAUACAUCUUUUGUAAAUGUUUUUCACUUCACAUAUUAUCAGUAAAGCUUUUUCUAAUG